AUGGUCUUCUGCAGAUAUGGGUAUGAUUGCUUGAGAGCAGAUUGCUGGUUUGAGCACCCCGAGGUCUUGAUCAUGCGCAACGACACUGGGAGCUUCCGUGUGUUGUUGCAGCUACGAAGCUGGGACAUGCCGGUGAUGCCUGGGCACCUUGGGGCCGUUGGAGGCAUGCGGGAUGCUCGAGACCUGGACAGCUCCGUCACCGCCGUGCGUGAGGUCUUUGAAGAGACAGGCCUCUUAGAUGUUGGUCACCUUCCCUCUGCUCCAUGGCGCUUGCGAGCUGAAGCACGAAAAGGAUCAGUCAUACCACAGUGUUUCUUCAAGUUUGGUGAGGGUGCCCACGUCGACUGGUGGGUGCUCUUGUUAUCAGGUCCGGGCACCUUUGUUGCUGCCAAAGACAGCGCAGAAUGUGCGGAUAUCUCUCGGAUGUUGCCACAUCUCCCGAGCGCCAAGUUGGCUCCCUGCUUCGGUCACGCCUGGAUGGAGGCUGCUCGAGUCCCUGAGCUCCCCAAAUCGGUGGAGCUGAUGGGUGGCCUUCAGCGCCGGGUGGGGGAGCAUCGGAAGUUUGGCAGAAGCUACAAGAUUGCUCUCAACAAGAGUGGCAAACUUCUCUGGCAGGGCUCUCACAUCACUGGAGAACCUUUGCUUGGAGUCUUGACUCCGGAAGGCAUGUGGAUUUGCAGCGAGCUCUUGACUCCAAAGGAGGAGAAGAUCGGAUCGGUGCGACUUCGUCAUGGACCAGAAUGGGACCAGUUAAGCCUGAACUUCAAGACAAACUCUGUCACUCAAUGGGGUGCAGAUGUUUGCGCUACCCGAGUGACCGCGGAGAUUCGAAUUUGCCGACCCCCGUUUCCUUCUAUGGAAUCCAAGCCAUCAUUUGCAGAAGCACAGCCUGGAUUGGUUCCAAUCAAGGCCGUGUCUUCGAUAGCUGCAGCUGCCGAGCUCUCCACGUUGUCCUUGCUUCAGCUGAAAGAGUGCCUAAAGGAGUAUGGAGUCACCGAAUAUGGGCGCUUCUUCAAUCAGAAAGAAUCUCUUGUAGAACUCCUGGCGAAGGUGGAAGCUACAGUACCCCUAGUGGGCCGCUGGCAGUACGGGAAGGCCCCCAACCGCAAGAGCUACCAGAUCCGCCGUUUGAUUUCCGGAGUCUUGAAGUGGGAGGGACCACAUUCCAGAGGUGGCAUGCUAAGCGGCAUUCUGGAGGAAGAUGAAGGUUGGUUGGUGGCACAAUUGAUGACCAACCAGAAUGAGACCAUCGGAUCAAUCCGACUUCGACACGGUCCAAAAUGGAACGAGGUCAUGUCAAACUUCAGAAGCCACAUGAUGACGGAAUGGGGCAGUGACAUCAUUGCGGAGCGUGUGGGUGAAGAAGAGCCCCUACGACGGCCCAGCUUCGACGAGGAGACGGAGGAAGAGGAGGAUGUGGUUCUCACGGACAUUUCAGAGUUGUCUGCGCAAGAGGUGAAGCUGUGUUUGAAAGAGUACGGUGUCACCAAGAUUCAUGAUUUGGAACGACGAGAGCAGUUGGUAGAACUCUUGGAAAAGGUUGAAGAUAGCUUACCUCUGGUUGGAACCUGGCAACAUGGGCGGCACAACAAGCAGUACGAAAUCCAGCAUACAGAAGAUGGACAGUUGCUUUGGGAAGGUCCACACAUCUUCGGUGGCACACUGGUGGGCGUUCUCUAUGACGAUGCCGACUGGCUCCGGGCCGAACUCUUUACUUGCAAGGAGGAAUCCGAGCAAGUCGGCUCUGUGAAAGUGACGCAUGGACCUGAUUGGCAUGAGAUGACGCUGAAAUUCAUGCAAAGCAACUCCGGGCUGUGGGGCGAUAAUAUUAUCGCAAAGCGAGUUACCAAGGAGCAUGCUCCUCGACGUCCUAAGCCUCUGCCAGCUGUACGAGACUUCGAAGAUGAUGAUGAGCUUGUGGAGUCACAAUAUUGGGAGUCCUUAGAGGUGCUGAGCCAAGCUCUGCGGGUGGAGCACGCCGCCUUGGUGCCACUGGAGCGGAGGGCCAAGAGCUGGGCGCGGAGUGUGGCCUUUGCGCAGAUGACCUUGGGCAUGCGAGGGAUCCCCAUGAAAGGAGCAGAUGGAGUCCGAUGGAGAGUUGAAGAUGCAACCUUUGUGAUUUGGGUGCUUGGUGCAACAGCCGAAGUGGAAGUCUCCCUUGCAGAGCAAGGAUACUUCAAGGAUGUGAACUGGCUGGACCGUGCUCCAACAAAGGUAUACAUCAUUGGGGAAAACCUUCUAGAAGAUUUGGUCGAGGAGGAAAGCAAGACGAAGGAGACAGUUGCCGCCUCUGUGACCAAAGAAGAUGCAGCCACCUAUGUGGUAGUCUAUUCAAGAGCCAGCGCCGAGCUCUGCGCGCGCAUCCGGCAGCGGAGUGUAGGUCCCACAUGGGCCCUGAUUGAUGGAAGGCAGCUGGGCCUUGGAAAGCUCUUGGAGAAGAAAGCUGCCAGCGCGGAUAUCGAGUCACCGAAAGCAGAAGGACUCGAGAUUUCUCGUAUGAUCUCUUAUGGCCACAGGGAUGAAAUUCGAUAA